AUGGUGUGUGCUGCUGCUCUCAUCCUCGCUGGCCUUGCGGCCGCUUCUCCCAUGGUCAGCCAGUCCGGCGGCAACUAUCCAGCAAAGUCCUCUUCCCAGGGCUUUCACCUGGUCGUCAACAACACCGAUCCGUCCCGCGAGCUUUCAGAGCCUGUUCACACCAUGUUUCUUCAAAGCAUUCAUAUCGGCCCUCCCAACAGUCUCUUUGGUACCAGAACUACCAGAUCGCGGCGUGUCUUCUACCAAAACGCAACCGAGGAUGAGCUCCGCUCUGGCAAUGCUCAUAUCCUCUCUGACGCUGCUUCCCAAAGCAUCACGUACGGCCUCAGCUUUCGCUUGGAAGGCGAUGCCGCCCAAGGUUUUGUCUUCAGACUAGACGCCGGUCCAGGCCAGAAAGGUGUUGCCAUGACCCCGAACCACCAUCCUUGCGCCUUUCUCAAUGUGCCUGGGCUGGCAAUGUGCAACCGGCCUGUCGAGUAUUACAGGGGCAGGAAGAUGAAUCUCCUGAAGAUGUUUCCCAACCCCACCGGCAAUCUUUGGAAGAUGCCAGAGGAAUGUACUCCCGUCCGUCUGCUGCCACAGUGCAUUCCGCUUCCAGAUGCCCCAAAGGGAGUCGGUCCCAGCCAUGAGUUCGUUCAGACCACGCACUGCUACAAGAACGUCUCUGCCAUUGACUGGUCCAUGUACACACCUUGUGAUCAGGUUCGUUGA